AUGCCGCCGUCGGCGCAAAAGAGGCAGUCGUCGAGGCCGUCGGAAGUAAGUAUGGCUGUGAGCCGAGUUUCGAGGAUCGAUUUCGGGUCCGACGGGGCGGAAUGGACGCGCGGCAAGAUCCUCCUGAAGCCCGACGACCAGCUCCAGCUCACGGAAACGGAGCUGGACGAGGAGAUCGCCCGGGUCCUGACGACGCGCAACACCCGCAAAUCGGACAACGUGGUCGAGUGGUCGUUCAAGCUCGGCGAGUUCAUCCCGGUACCCGACCCACCAACCGUCGUCACCGUGAUAGACGCCUCGGGCACGCUCCUGCACCGCGACAGCGACGAAGCUAAGAUACAACUGACCGGACACACUUUGGGUGGCGAGGACGAUGAUGGCAACGAGGAGGAGGAGGAGGAGGAGGAGGAAGAGGAGGAGGAGGAGGAAGAGGUCAAAGGCAAGGAGGAGGACGAGGGUAUAGGAGAGGAGGAGGAGGAGGGCAACGAAGGAGCGGAAAAGGAGGAGGACAAGCCGGGCGGAGAGCCCGACGAGGAGGAGGAGGGCGGCGAGGUCAAUCGCGGCCCGAAGAAGGUACCGAACCAGUUCAACUUUUGCGAGAGGGCCGCUCUGACGUACGACAAUUUGAUGAGGGACACGACGACGCAAACAUUGCCACCACCAACGGCCUCGAUGUCGGGCAGCGUGUACCAGUGGACAAUUCUCGACAGCUACCUGGAGGACUACGCCCAGCAGCAGCGCGAGAAGGAAAAGGAGCGCAAGGUCCACGUUACCUCGAGGAAGGACGACGCCAGGAAAAAGGGGCAACAGGAGAGCUCAGUGAUGACCGGUCGGAUGCUGCAAGCCGUCAAAACCCUCGAGCGGAUGGUCAACCAGAACGUCUACGACGACAUACUCCAAGAUUACAGGUACUGGGACGAUCCGAGCGACGAGUUCAAGGACAGCGAGGGCUCGCUGCUGCCCCUGUGGAAGUUUGGCUACGAGAAAACGAAGAAGCACGACGUCACGGACUUGUGCUUCAACGCGCAGUACUACGAUAUGUUUGCCGUCGCCUACGGAUCGAUGAUGUUCGACAGCCCGAUGCAGAGCGGCGCCAUUUGUCUCUUCUCGGUGAAAAACCCGUCCUUCCCCGAAUGGAUCUGCCCGACCGAGUCACCCGUCAUGUGUCUCGACUUCAACGCGAGGAACCCGAACCUUCUCGUCAUCGGCACACUGGACGGUACUGUGGCGGUCUACAAUGUGAUGCUGACGAGCCCAACCCCGAUGUACAAGAGCAACGACGUAACCCAGAAACACGGCGGCAUCGUUUGGCAAGUCGUGUGGGCUCCGAACACGGAGGAUGGCAACCUGGCCUUUUACAGCGUGAGCAUCGACGGGAGGAUCAACCACUGGGUCCUCAACCAGAGCGACCUCGGCGUCACGACUGUCAUGACCCUCUUUCUCGACCAACCUCCCGUCCCAGGGCCCGACGGCACCACCAUCACCCUCAAAGGCUGCGGCACCUGCAUAGCCUUCCACCCGAGCGAUCCCAACGUGUUUCUCGUGGGUACCGAGGAAGGCCACAUCUACAAGUGCAACACGGCCUACAGCAGCGUUUACAUGAGGACCUACGCCGACGCCCACGACAUGCCCAUCUACCGGAUCGUCUUCAACAAGUUCAACUCGAGUAUCUUCGCCAGCUGCUCCUGCGACUGGAGGAUCAAGAUCUGGGAGGACGACAGGCCAGAGCCGCUGUUCAUGUUCGAUCUUGGGGUGCCGAUCGGCGACGUCCAGUGGGCGCCGUACAGUUCGACGGUGCUCGCGUGCGUCUCGGACGACGGUCAAGUGACCGUCUUUGAUCUCAACGUCAACAAGUAUCGGCCGAUCUGCAGCCAAGCGGUCGUCAACAAACGUCGCAACAAACUCACGAGGCUGGCCUUCAAUCACACCUUGCCGUUUAUCAUCGUGGGAGAUGACAAGGGUACAAUAAACGCCAUGAAAUUGUCGCCGAAUUUGCGAACAAAGACAAAGCCGUCGAAAAAACAAGCCAACAUGUCGCGGGACGACCUGGAAAUAGCGAAACUGGAAAAACUGCUGAGUUUCGUGCGCGAACCUCCCGUUUUAACACCACCGGAGGACAUAAACAUCACCACCGAUUAACAAUAAAGCGAAAUUCAACGAAUCAACACACGCGCAACGUAAUUCAAUCUUUUUUUGUUUCCUUACGUCGAUAAAUCAACAAUAACCUCUUUUUUUCCCUCCAACUUGUCAACAAUAACAUUAUUAUCAAUAGAUUUAUCAUUAGUUUGUUUGAUUACAUCAAGUGACUCUUACUUUUGGCACACUAAUUUUCCAUGCUUUUUUUCUGCAAACGUCGACAGACUGCGUCAAAGAAAGUUUUAACUUCGUUACGACGACGAGGUCGUUUAAUUCAUCCAUUUCUCUCGUCAUGGCAAAGAAAUCAAAAAAAAAAUUUUUUUUUUUUCAAUUACAGCUCACAAUUUCGUUCUCUAGAAAAAAUACGCAACUACCGAGUAUACAAAAUGGGGAUAAAAAAUAGUAAAAUUCCCAAAAAUUCAGUGGACGUUUCUUCCUCUCCGUAUUUUGAAGCCUCUUUCUUCGUUUCUCUUUGACAUGAAACUCUUUUGUACCAAUAUAAUUAUAUUACGACUGCAAAUCCUGUCGAUUAUACCCUGCUACAGUAAAGCUGGACAUCGCAUGUAUUUAACAUAUUACACACGAUUCGAAUUUGUCUUGUACAAGCUCGAUAAUAAUAACAAUAAUAAUAAUCAUCAUCCAAGGGUAAAUUCCGUCAUCACCCAUACGAUAUAAAAAACAAGUUGUUUGAAAAAUCGCAAAAAGCAACCAUGUGCGAAAAAAAAAAAAAAAAAAAAUGAAGAAAAAAA